GAUAAAGUAGCGUGGAGGUAGUGCCGUUGUGUAUUGUUGAAUAACGAUCUGAUUAUUUUUGUUUAUACGCGUAUUUUGUGAGGAUAUCGUACUAUAAACUGUUAUAUAUGAAUAAAGUUAAAGAUUUUUGUAGUUGCAAGCAUAAUCUGUACUUUUUUUAAGUUCUUCUGUACAAAUUGAACAUUUUAUCCGAGUGUGUAAUCUUGUAUCGGCGACUUUACGUUGGACGGUGGUUGAAAAUGUGAGUUAAAUAAUAUCAUGCUGGUUAACAUUUCGGCUUAAGGACAAACCUGCAGUUAUAAGAGAAAGACCUUGUGUAACUAUGAAAUUGUUUACGUUUCUCCUGUUGUUACCGGCAUGUUUAGCACAUCUCAAUGUUUACUUGAGUAGUGCUGAAGUAUGGAGACUACUGGGACUAACAGCGGAAUUGUUCUACGUUCGAGACGGACAGAUCAACUCUUAUGCGCUGAACUUCGUGGUUCCCGUGCCGGCGACCAUAGGAGAGCUGCAUUUCACAUGGCAGAGCCUCACGCGAAGACCGUUACCAUAUAUUUUACACGUAGACUUGGGAAAAAACGAAGAAGUAUUACACACACCAACGUUUAACAUUUCAAGCACGGGUUUUGUGCCUACAGAACCACAAACUUGGAGAGUAGAUUUGCCAUGUACGGGCACUGUUUCCGCCGAAGUGGCCGUCACCAUAUCUCUCAACGUGUCCACCGGUUCUUCAUCGACCGCUUUGCUUUUCCGACGACGAAAAAUAUGUCUUAAAGAAGCCCAUAGGCCAGCUGUAAGAGUGGAUAGCGUGCCGCAUGCAGCAACGUCUGCUGAUAUAUUCUAUGCAGGCGCAGGAUGUGCUGGAGGUGCACUCUUAAUCGCUGCCGUCGCUGCUACAGCGUGCAGGGUACGAGCGAGAAAGCUUCGCAGAGCACGGAGUGACGAACAAGAUGGUCAUGCAUUUCUACCUGAUUCUUCUUGUAAGUCUGCCGCUAGUUACACUAGCUAUCGACGACCUACUUCCCUCCCCGCUGCGGCAGCGGAGGAAAGAGCUAGAGAUUUGCAACAGAGAAUAUCCGAACUGACAAUACAAAGAUGUCGAGUUAGAUUGCGAUCAGUGGCAAUGGAAGGAACGUUUGGCAGAGUGUAUAAAGGAACAUAUGCUGACGAAGAGGGUAGAGAGCAAGAAGUUCUAGUUAAGACCGUAGCUGAACAUGCGUCUCAAGUUCAGGUAUCGCUUUUACUCCAAGAAGGCUGCAUGUUGUACGGACUUCAUCACGAGCGCGUCUUGUCCGUACUCGGUGUCAGUAUCGAAGAUCAAACUGCUCCAUUCUUACUCUAUCCUUGGAGUACUACCUGGAGGAAUUUGAAGCAAUUCUUGUUAGCGUGUAGAGGAGUGGGAUUCGGUGUUGCGGCAAAUGGACCGCCUCCACCACCAUUGACCACACAACAUGUUGUCAGGAUGGCAUUACAUGCGUUAGAUGGCUUGGCCUAUUUGCACUCCCAGCAUGUUCUGCACAAGGACAUCUCGGCAAGAAAUUGCAUUGUGGAUGAGAAUCUUCGAGUGAUGAUAGCGGAUAACGCGUUGUCACGCGAUCUUUUCCCCGGCGAUUAUCAUUGUUUGGGCGACAACGAAAACAGGCCGAUUAAAUGGUUGGCUCUUGAAGCAUUAUCAAAGAAGCAAUUCAGCCCCUCGUCGGAUGUAUGGGCACUUGGAGUAUUACUAUGGGAGCUGACCACUUUAGCUCACCAGCCGUAUGCUGAAGUAGAUCCGUUUGAAGUUGCUGCAUAUCUGCGGGACGGUUACCGAUUGCAGCAGCCAGCGAAUUGUCCAGACGAACUAUUCGCUGUAAUGGCUUACUGCUGGGCGAUGUCUCCCGACGACCGACCCACUUUGCCGCAACUACAAAUUUUCCUACGAGACUUCCACACGCAAUUAACGAGAUUCGUCUAAGACAUUCCUUACAUAAAAAAAAAAAACAAUCCAAAGACGACAAUAAUAUACAUAGUUAGUGAAAUAGUGAAAGAAUAUAGUGGACAUAAAAGAGGCCUUAAUAUGCCCUAAGUGACAUUCUAACAAGAAUUUUUAGUGACGAGUAUUAAAAUGAGGCGCGGAGAUGAAAGAGACUGAUUUAAUAGUGAUUAUUGAAUUGUAAAUUAUACGUUUCAUAUAUCACGGUCGUUACAUAUUUUUUGUUUCUAUUUCGUCAACGAUUUCUCCAACAAUAAAACUCGAAGCUUUCACAAUAUGCAAUAUUUUUUUGCCGCGGGAUAAAUAAAUCAACUUUACGAUCGGUUCGUGUGAGUUUCUUAAGACGAACGAAAAUAUUGCAUAAUGUUUCUGCUUUUAUACAAAUAGCUCAGUAUAAACGAAAUAGAAAGAAAAAAAUGUGGCAUUUAUAUUAUAUGUAUUGUAAUUAUAAUUUCAAACCUCACUACUGCCAUAUUAGGAUAAAAGAAUAUAUGUAAAUAUUGUUAGUUUAAACAUUUAAAUACGUAUAUUGAAUGUGCCUCGGACUUUAUGAAAGAUAUAGAAUUUUAUUACUGUUCUGUUGAAAUAUUGAAGUUUCGAUUAAGUCUGUAUUUGAAUUUUUAAUACCUUGUUUCGAUAUAAUUGUAAAAUAAUGGACAUUCAAUGUAAAUUUUUCAGUGUGGCAACAUUUUCUUAUCUAAAUAAUUUAUUGUCUGUCUGAAUUUUUUCAUACACAGGUCAGUAUUAUAUACGAUUAUAGCAUGUUAUUAAAAAUAAAAAAGUAUACGAGGGAAUUAACUAAACAUCGAACUUACAUAAUAUUUUACAAGAUCACUUGUAUUAAAAUUACUUUUGCAACGAAUUUACGAUUUUAUUUUUAUUGGUAUCUGUUAAGUGCCAAAUAUUAAAAGAAUUAUCUCUCGUUCAGUGCCAACGUAUACUCCAUACUCCAACCACAAUUACAGAUUUAUUAUCGGUUAACAGUUCAGUCAAAUUACUAAUAAAUAACGAAAAUAUUCCAUAUAUUCUAUCAAAGAUAUAUCGAUUACAAUUCGAAUAAUUCGAUUCACCAACAAAUAUAAUCGAUUAAAAACUGUCAAAUAAUUUAUAUAAAAAAUGUAAUAAAGACUAAACUAUUGACCGAUUUAAAUUUAGAACUGAAAAUUUAAUAACAUACGAAUAAUACCAGUAGGUAUAGGUAAGACAAUUUGAAAUUUCAAACGAUGUCGAAGGCCUAACAAGUUCUGCUACUGAUUAUUUUGACAUUUAAAACUGAAUUAAUUAUAAGAUACAAUUUAUGUUGCAUUACAACUAUAAUGUAUAUAUCCAUUUCAACUAGCAUGGGUACUGUGACAUUUGAUUAAUUACAUCUCACGCGUG